AUGACCAAGAAGUGUGACGCCUUAUUGGCUUCAGAAUCUCUGAUCAAGCAGAUUCCACAAGUUUUGGGUCCAGGCCUGAAUAAAGCUGGCAAUUUCCCUUCCAUGCUGACCCACAAUGAGAACAUGGGGCCCAAAGUAAAUGAAGUAAAGUCCACAGUCCAAUUCCAGAUGAAGUUGCUAUGUCUGGCAGUGACUUUUGGUCACAUAAAGAUGGCAGAUGAUGAGCUUGUGUGCAACAUCCACUUAGCUGUCAACUUCCAGGUGUUGUUGCUUAAGAAGAAUUGACAGGAGGUCUGGGCUUUAUACAUCAAAAGCAUCAUGGGCAAGCCCCAGCACCUGUACUAAGGGACACCUCGAUAAACCCUAGUGCUA